GUUUAAGUCACGUGAUUUAUGAAUUUAAUAACACUUGUUGCAUUUUCAAGUAAUCUUACAAUUAGUAAAACAAAAGAUAUGAGAAUAAGAAUAGUUCAUUUAUAAUUUUGUGUCUUUUAAGUAAUAAAAGUUGUGAAGUAUUAACCUAAACAAUAGUAAAAGUUUUUGACAGUUCUAUAAUAUGAUUUUUAAUUAAUGUUACAGCUUUGAUAAUUUUUCUAAUGGAGAUACUUAUAAUACGUCAAAUAACCUUUAAAUAUCAUACGUGAGAAGAGGAAAAAAAAACCAAAUUGACAGCAAUGACGGAUACUGUGUACAAAUACAUGAAAGUACAAAACAGACCUUAUAGUAUUAAUGACUUAGUUUCGAAUCUCCAUAAUGAAUAUGGCAAAACAGCUGUACAAAAGGCUAUAGACAAAUUGGUGACUGAAGGGAAGAUAUUUGAAAAAGUCUAUGGAAAACAGAAAAUUUAUUGUCCAGUUCAGGAUUCGUCUCACGACAUAGAAGAAUUAAUGAGAAUAGACAAAGAACUACAGGCCCACGCUAAUGAGGUUGAAAGCAAGUAUCAAGAGUUUGAAAGAGAAAUCAAAGUACAAGAGGCUUUAUUGUCAUCUAUGAAGUCGUCCAUCACAAUCGAAGAAGCAAGAAGACAGAAAAUUGAACUUCAGAAGAAAAUUGCACUAAUGACAAAUAAAUUAGAUGGAUUAAUGGAGGCAAGUGGUGCCGAGGACUUGACUGAAAGUAAAAAAAAAGCAGAGAAAGCACUAAACGAAUAUUCACGCGAAUAUGCGAAACGAAAGCGUUUGUGUACUGAAAUUUUAGAUUGUAUACUGGAUAAUUAUCCUGGUAGUAAAACUGAAUUAUACGAGGAAAUAGGAAUAGAUCCAAAAGUUGUUCAAUGAUGCGUGCAUUAUAAAUUUUUGAAUGUAACAAAUUGUAAAUUGUAUUUUAUAUUAGUAAUUCUUUCUUUUUUCUACUAUAUGUGAGUUAAUAUUUCUAUGCGUAUGUAAUUAUUUAAAUUAAUUUAUAUUUUAAAUUAUUUUUUUAAUUAACUGAUAAUUACUGUUAUAAGCUAGUUUGUAUGUAACUUAUAAAUUUAUUCGUUAUGAUACUUUAUGAAUUAUCAAAUUAUUUAAUUAUAUUCGUAAAUAGUAUUGUAUAUUUCUACAACUCUGCUAUUGUAAGCUGUGUGUUAUGUUAAUGAAAAUUAUUAUUUUACUUCGUUUAUAUUACAUUAGUAUAUAUCAUCAUCAUUCGAUGCAGGAAGCGUGUUAAAUCUCUCUAUUCACUCUCUAUUCACAUGGAAUAUUUAUCCUUCAUUAUUUCUAUUCCUUUUAAUGCAGAUUCAAACUAUAUUUAUCACAAAAUACAAUAUUUACAAUAUUGUAAUUUUUGAAGAUCUUCAAAAUUCAUAAUUUAUUAUAAUAUAAUAUUUAUAUAAAAUAUAACUUACAAAGUCAUUUUCACAAGAACCAUUAGCUGCUAUUGGUAUACACAAUUAUCAUAUAAACUAUGCAAUUGUUAUGUAA